CGCACAAGCGCAAAGGAAGUGACCGCAAUGCGCAUGGAACAUGGAAGUUUGUACUUGAUGUGUUAUCAACGUUCAGGCGCCGUCCUUAAUCGAUAACACCAACGAACUUGGUUUCCAUAUGAUAUGGACCCUUAACCCAAACAACGACGUAAGCUGUUGUUGACAUCCGUUGAUCGUUAAGUAAAUUUGUUCUAUCUCGACAACGGUGUCUGUCAAAAAUCCAUUAUGCCGGGAAACUUCCGAACGGAUCUUGAUCCAUAUCAGUUGGAUAUCCCAGAAGUUUGCUUUUCUCAAGUGACUGCAGCCUUGAAAGCAAGGCUGAAAUUAGAUGAAAAUAGAGGUUUGGCAUGCAUGGUGGUUACAGCUACUUCUCAAGGAAACAUUCUGAUCUUUUUUCAAAAAAAACUUUUAAAAUGUUGCCAGCUUCCCUUUAGAGACUGUUCUGAAAUUUUGCUUUACCACAGCUUUCAGUUCGGUAUUACCAAAGAAUUUCUCAUUGCCAUUUCGUUUACCAAAGGCUGUGUUAUUAUUGACCUCCAGACUUUAUCUGUCAUCAAAGCAUGGCCUGAUGCAAAACAGGUUGAAGUCAAAGAUGAAAAGUUGCUGGGCUACCCUCAAGUGAUUCUCCAUUUGAAUCACAAUGAACUACAACAAGAGAAAGUCAUUGUAACUCACGAAUCUGAUUGGGACAUUAAGAACAAAGAUGAUCAACCUUUGUUGGAGGGUGAAUCAGCACUAAGCAGUGUUGCUCAAGCUUUGGAAGCUCAAGCAAAGAAAGCACAUGGAAAUCUUCUCCUCCUGGAAAAACAAAUUUCUUUCAGGAAAUCUCUAGCUGUUCGUGCCUUGACAGCUCUAAAUGACAUGAUUACAGCAAAGGCAAACAAUUUGCAACCGCCGUCAUACACGACGAAGUUAGAAAAAGGAGAUUCCAUAACACCUGCACGUGAAGCUGUUCAAGCUAGAGAUUUUUUCAAUCCUGUGGAAAUAUCUGGAAUGUGGCAGUUUCUAGAUUGCAUGACAGAUUCAUGGGUUAUAGGUAGUGCAUUUACCAACAUAAGUGGAAAGACAUUGUCUGACAUUGCGUGCUGUUUCGUACUACUAAACGAGAAUAUGGACUAUCAUAUUCAUUAUUACCUCACUGGGAAAAUUUCGAGGAAUGUGCCGAGUCCAUCUACUGGGUUCUCGAUGCAAGAACUUUUGGAAACGUCUAAAUCAUUCAGUGGAACGCUGGAUCAUAAUGCCUGUCUCAUUGUUAUCGUCACGACAUCAAUCCCAAGAUUCAAAGAUAUAGAGGAGGAAAUGGGCAGUCUAUUAUUGACGUUUAAAUUGUCUAGCAGUCUCGCUGGAAUUUUCCAAUCGAGUUUGGGUAACGUUCGACUGCAUUUUAGUGAUCUAGGGAGUAAGAAUAUGGAUUUCUGUCCGACAACAGCUGACCCGAUGUCCUUCCGGAGAAAUAUUUUUGGACUGUUAUCACUUUUAACGUCGGAAGGGGACGCAGUCGUAUCAACAAUUGUCACAUCCGCGUUCCGGAGUUUCAAAAAGGCAACCAAGAAGUUAGGCAUGGAUUACUGGACAUUUAUGCAAUGCUUCUACAGUCUCGGAGUGUAUGGGCAUGUUUGUAUCCUCAUGCUAGAGAACAAUACCAAUAGUGUGAAAAUUAAGAUUCGCGCUCAGUCAGAAAGAAGAUUGCAAUGGUUCAUUCGUAACUUCCAGUCUGCUUUAUCAGAUGAUUGCUCAUUCGCCCAAGUAACUGUUGGUGCUCAAGUUGCGGAACAGAAAUUUCCAGCAAUGAAUAAUUUGAACUUUGCCGUCGCCAUGUUAUCGAAUGCGGAAGUCGAUAGUGAAGACAAUGUAGUACUACUGGAAGAAACGGCACCUCCAGUAGAUGCUGCUUUUGAAGAGAUUCGUAAAGAGUUUUUUAAAAAGCAAGGUAAGCUGUUAGGAAUGAGCAAGGAACGCUCUGGCAACAUAAAAAUUUCUACCGAACAUUAUCGCCAAUUACAGCGUUGUUGGUUUGACUGAAAAUUGCACAUAAAUGUAUUAAUUUUGCUCAAUGUAAUCCUGGAAUAUAACAUACGAAAAAUAUUGCGGAAUAAAAAACGCUGAUGACAGCAGCAAUCAGUA